CCACUUUGAUUCAUUUAUUUGUAUCCCAACUCAUUACUAUCCAUUAUGAAAGUCUCUAUUUACAAACUCUUAGGCUUCCUACUCUUUUUCUCUUUCUACCACUGCCAAGCGUGGCCACGUUACAAGUUUGUUGUGAAGGAAGCUCCAUAUACGAGACUAUGCAGCACGAAGAACAUACUUACCGUAAAUGGCCAAUUUCCGGGUCCUACUUUAUAUGUUAAUAAAGGAGACACCAUCGUUGUUGAUGUUUACAACAGAGGAAACUAUAACAUCACCAUUCAUUGGCAUGGAGUGAAACAGCCAAGAAAUCCAUGGUCUGAUGGUCCGGAAUACAUCACUCAGUGUCCUAUUCAACCAGGAGCAAAAUUUAGGCAGAAGAUCAUUUUUACUACCGAAGAAGGAACUUUGUGGUGGCAUGCUCAUAGCACAUGGUUUAAGGUGAAAAAAGGUUUAACUUAUCUCUUUCGAAUAGUCAACGCCAUCUUGAUAGAUGGCCUCUUCUUUGCCAUUGCCAACCAUACUGUCACGGUGGUCGGAUCUGACGCUAGUUAUCUAAAACCAUUCAAUACAACCUUCAUCUGCGUAACCCCAGGCCAGACCGUUGAUGUCCUUCUAGAAGCCAACCAAAGUCCCAAUCACUAUUACAUGGCCGCCAGCGUGUACACCACUCUUCUCCCAGGUUCUUACGACAACUCCACCCCCACAGCUAUUAUAGAAUAUAAUGGAAACUACACUCCAUCCUCGCCGCCGGUGUUCCCCUAUCUUCCUGAAUAUGAUGACGCAGAAGCAUCCGUUAAUUUUACCGCUGGUUUUCGGAGCUUAGCUGAUAAGGAGCAUCCAAUUGAUGUGCCAAUGGAAAUAACCACACAUUUGUUCUAUACUCUUUCAGUCAACAGUCCAUGCAAAAACAACUCUUGCCCAGUUGGUGAGCAGCUGAGAUUCAUAGCCAGUGUGAACAACGUAAGCUUCCUCAAUCCCAGCAUUGAUAUAUUACAAGCUUACUAUUGUUGCAUUCAAGGGGUGUAUGGGACCAAUCUUCCUGAUUUUCCUCAAUUUUUUUUUGACUUCACUGCCGAUUAUUUACCGACGGAGUGGGAGAUUCCACAACUAGGGACAGAAGUGAGAGUACUAGAUUACAAUUCCACCGUGGAGCUUGUUUUCCAGGGGACAAACUUUAUAAAAGGUACUGACCAUGGGAUUCAUCUUCAUGGACAUAGUUUUUAUGUUGUGGGAUUGGGUUUACGGAAUUUCGAUAAGGACAAGGAUCCCUUAACGUACAAUCUGGUGGACCCUCCUCUUCAAAACACCAUUCAUGUUCCAAGAAAUGGAUGGAUGGCAAUAAGAUUCAAGGCUAACAAUCCUGGAGUAUGGCACUUGCAUUGCCAUAUUGAUCGACACAUGGUAUGGGGCAUGGGUACGGCGUUCAUAGUUAAAGAUGGUGAAUCUCCAGAGGCCAAAAUGUUACCACCACCACCUGACAUGCCUCCAUGUUAAGGCUAUCUCAAUUAUAUCCAGGGUUGCAAAGUCUUCGGAUCAAGAAAGAUAUGUCCUCCCAUAAACAUAUCUGGACAAAGAGAAGCACUGUAAUCCUUGAAAGUAUAUUUUGCUAAAUGGUUCCGUUUAGUAGGAGAAUUCUAUCAUUUGCAAGCUUUUUUUUAGUUUUUUUAUUUUUUCCAACAAAUAAAUAUUUUCUAUUAUU